UCCUCCGUCCCUCCCUCCGUCCCUCCAUCCAUCCAUCCAUCCGCCCGUCACCCCGCAGCAUCCCGAUCCGCGCUCGUCCGCGCAGCCCCGCCGGCCAGGGGCUCCGGGGAGGAUGGAGCCGGGGGUCCAGGCCCGCUCGGGUCCCCCGCAGCCGGCCGCCCCGGGGCUGUGGAGGGCUCGGCCGGCGGGCGGCGGGGGCGCCUCCUCCUGGCUGCUGGACGGGAGCAGCUGGCUGCUGUGCUACGGCUUCCUGUACCUGGCGCUCUACGCGCAGGUGUCCCAGUCCAAGCCCUGCGACCGGAGCGGCUCCUGCUUUUCGGGUCGCUGUGUCAACUCCACCUGCCUGUGCGACCCGGGCUGGGUGGGGGACCAGUGCCAGCACUGCCAGGGCAGGUUCAAGUUAACAGAACCUUCUGGAUAUCUAACAGAUGGUCCAAUUAACUAUAAAUAUAAAACAAAAUGUACAUGGCUAAUUGAAGGCUAUCCAAAUGCAGUGUUAAGAUUAAGAUUCAAUCAUUUUGCUACAGAAUGUAGCUGGGAUCAUAUGUAUGUUUAUGAUGGAGACUCAAUAUAUGCACCAUUGAUAGCUGUACUUAGUGGUUUGAUUGUCCCUGAAGUAAGAGGAAAUGAAACGGUGCCUGAAGUUGUCACAACCUCUGGGUUUGCACUGCUACACUUUUUUAGUGACGCUGCCUAUAAUCUAACAGGGUUCAACAUUUUCUACUCCAUCAACUCUUGUCCUAACAAUUGCUCUGGCCAUGGAAAGUGCACGACGGGCCCCUCGGCUGCGCGGCCGGUGUACUGUGAGUGUGAGGACUACUGGAAGGGGGAGGCGUGCGACAUCCCCUACUGCCGAGCCGACUGCGGCAGCCCCGACCGCGGCCACUGCGACCUCACGGGGGAGAAGCUGUGUGUCUGCAGUGACAGCUGGCAAGGUCCUGAUUGCUCUUUGAAUGUUCCUUCUACUGAGUCUUACUGGAUUUUGCCAAAUGUUAAACCCUUCAGUCCAUCUGUAGGCCGGGCUUCACAUAAAGCAGUUUUACAUGGGAAAUUUAUGUGGGUGAUUGGUGGAUAUACUUUUAACUACAGUUCUUUCCAAAUGGUUCUAAAAUACAAUCUAGAAAACAGCAUAUGGAAUGUAGGAGCCGUGUCAAGGGGUCCUCUCCAGAGAUACGGGCACUCGCUUGCUUUACAUCAGGAAAACAUCUUUAUGUAUGGAGGCAGAAUUGAAACAAGUGAUGGCAAUGUCACAGAUGAAUUAUGGGUUUUUAACAUACCUAGUCAGUCAUGGAGUACAAAAUCUCCCACUGUCCUUGGACAUGGUCAGCAGUAUGCUGUGGAGGGACAUUCAGCACAUAUUAUGGAGUUGGAUAGUAGAGAUGUUGUCAUGAUCGUAAUAUUUGGAUAUUCUGCAAUAUAUGGUUAUACAAGCAGCAUACAGGAAUACCAUAUCUCAUCAAACACUUGGCUCGUUCCAGAGACUAAAGGAGCAAUUGUACAAGGUGGAUAUGGCCAUACAAGUGUGUAUGAUGAAGUAACAAAGUGCAUAUAUGUUCAUGGCGGUUAUAAAGCAUUACCAGGAAAUAAAUAUGGACUGGUAGAUGACCUUUAUAUGUAUGAAGUUAACACUAAGACUUGGACCAUUUUGAAAGAAAGUGGGUUUGCCAGAUACCUUCAUUCAGCUGUUCUUAUCAAUGGAGCUAUGCUUAUUUUUGGAGGAAACACCCAUAAUGACACUUCCUUGAGUAAUGGUGCAAAAUGUUUCUCUGCCGAUUUCCUGGCAUAUGACAUAGCUUGUGAUGAAUGGAAAACAUUACCGAAACCAAAUCUUCAUAGAGAUGUCAACAGAUUUGGACACUCUGCAGUAGUCAUUAAUGGGUCUAUGUAUAUAUUUGGUGGAUUUUCUAGUGUACUCCUUAAUGAUAUCCUUGUAUACAAGCCUCCAAAUUGCAACGCUUUCAGAGAUGAAGAACUUUGUAAAAAUGCUGGUCCAGGGAUAAAAUGUGUUUGGAAUAAAAAUCACUGUGAAUCAUGGGAAUCUAGGAAUACCAAUAAUAUUCUUAGAGCAAAGUGCCCUUCUAAAACAGCUGCUUCUGAUGACAGAUGUUACAGAUACGCAGAUUGUGCCAGCUGCACCGCCAAUACAAAUGGCUGCCAGUGGUGUGAUAAGAAAUGCAUUUCUGCAAACAGUAAUUGCAGCCUGUCUGUCAGAAACUACACCAAAUGUCAUGUGAGAAAUGAGCAGAUUUGUAACAAGCUCACGAGCUGCAAAAGCUGUUCACUAAACUUGAAUUGCCAGUGGGAUCAACGACAACAAGAAUGCCAGGCUUUGCCAGCUCAUCUUUGUGGAGAAGGAUGGAGUCAUAUUGGGGAUGCUUGUCUUAGAAUCAACUCCAGUAGAGAAAGUUAUGACAAUGCAAAACUUUACUGUUAUAAUCUUAGUGGAAAUCUUGCCUCUUUAACAACUCCAAAAGAAGUAGAAUUUGUACUGGAUGAAAUACAGAAAUAUACACAACAGAAAGUGGCACCUUGGGUAGGCUUGCGCAAAAUCAAUAUAUCUUACUGGGGAUGGGAAGACAUGUCUCCUUUUACAAACACGACAUUGCAGUGGCUUCCUGGUGAACCAAAUGAUUCUGGAUUCUGUGCUUAUUUAGAAAGGGCUGCAGUGGCAGGCUUGAAAGCAAAUCCUUGUACAUCUAUGGCAGAUGGCCUUGUCUGUGAGAAACCUGUGGUUAGUCCAAAUCAAAAUGCAAGGCCAUGCAAAAAGCCCUGCUCUCUGAGGACCUCAUGUUCCAACUGCACAAGCAAUGGCAUGGAGUGUAUGUGGUGCAGCAGUGCAAAGCGAUGUGUCGACUCUAAUGCGUACAUCAUCUCCUUUCCAUAUGGGCAGUGUCUGGAGUGGCAAACUGCCACCUGCUCUCCUCAGAAUUGUUCUGGAUUGAGAACCUGUGGACAGUGUUUGGAACAGCCUGGAUGUGGUUGGUGCAAUGAUCCUAGUAACACAGGAAGAGGACACUGUGUUGAGGGCUCUUCACGAGGGCCCAUGAGGCUUGCUGGAAUGCAAAGCCAUGACAUGGUUCUGGAUACUAAUCUUUGCCCCAAAGAAAAGAACUAUGAGUGGUCUUUUAUCCAGUGCCCAGCUUGCCAGUGCAAUGGACAUAGCACAUGUAUCAAUAGUAAUGUGUGUGAACAGUGUAAAAACCUCACCACAGGAAAACAGUGUCAAGACUGCAUGCCAGGUUACUAUGGAGAUCCCACCAAUGGAGGACAAUGUACAGCUUGUACAUGCAGUGGCCAUGCAAAUGUUUGUCAUCUGCACACGGGAAAAUGUUUCUGUACAACAAAAGGAAUAAAAGGUGACCAGUGUCAAUUAUGUGACUCUGAAAAUCGCUAUGUUGGUAAUCCACUCAGAGGAACAUGUUAUUAUAGCCUUUUGAUUGACUACCAGUUUACCUUCAGCUUAUUACAGGAAGAUGAUCGCCACCACACAGCUAUUAACUUCAUAGCAAAUCCAGAACAGUCAAACAAAAAUUUGGAUAUUUCGAUAAAUGCAUCAAACAACUUUAAUCUCAACAUCACUUGGUCAGUUGGUUCAACAGGUGGAACAAUAUCUGGGGAAGAGACUCCUAUAGUUUCUAAGACUAACAUAAAGGAAUACAGAGAUAGUUUUUCCUAUGAGAAGUUUAAUUUUAGAAGCAAUCCCAACAUUACAUUCUAUGUAUAUGUCAGCAACUUUUCCUGGCCUAUUAAAAUACAGAUUGCAUUUUCACAACACAAUACAAUCAUGGAUCUUGUGCAGUUUUUUGUCACCUUCUUCAGCUGUUUUUUAUCCCUAUUGCUGGUGGCUGCUGUGGUAUGGAAGAUCAAACAAACUUGCUGGGCUUCUCGACGGAGAGAGCAACUGCUUCGAGAACGACAGCAGAUGGCCAGCCGUCCCUUUGCUUCUGUUGAUGUAGCCCUGGAAGUAGGAGCUGAGCAAACAGACUUUCUGCGAGGGCCGUUAGAGGGGGCACCUAAACCGAUCGCCAUUGAACCAUGUGCCGGGAGCCGAGCUGCUGUUCUGACUGUGUUUCUUUGCCUACCCAGGGGAGCUUCGGGUGCCCCGCCUCCCGGGCAAUCAGGCCUUGCCAUUGCCAGUGCCCUGAUAGACAUUUCACAGCAGAAGCCUUCUGACCACAAAGACAAGACUUCAGGAGUCCGGAAUAGGAAACAUCUCUCCACGCGCCAAGGAACCUGCGUGUGAGAGUGGAAUCCACGUCGCUGUAUUCUGUACUGAAUUCUUUGCAAAUGCCUUCUCUUAAAAGUUGUCCUAUGGCCGUGGGCUUAUAGGGGUCAAUCUCUUAUGAUCCCAGACCUGAAGACAGUCCCUCUCAAUGGGCAAUGUCCCAAGUGGCCAAAGAUGUCCAUGAGUUUUGUAAAAGUAACAGUAUUGAUGGUCAACAAGUGAUAAAGUCAGUUUUUACAAGUAUCUUAGGCCUAUCAUAGAUCACGUUAACUUACUAUGGAAAAAAGAUUGUAUAUUGUUUCUUAAUGCAGAUGAAAAAUAUGUAAUUCAUAUAAAUCGACUGUUUAUAUCCCAAGACUUUAAAGAAAGACGUUUUAUAAUGCCUGAAUGAUGAGAGAUGUACAGUUUUUGCCUCAUUAGUAAACUUAGGUCGCCUGUAUAUGAAUAGGAAGUAGACAAGUCAUGAUGGCUUUAAAUGCUGUCAUACCUCAUUGUAUAUGUGAAAGUAUGGCUUUGAUUUAAUAGGAUGUAGGUAGUGUAUUUAAAUAUUUUACAUGACCCUAUAAUAUCCAAAAUGAACUUGAGAACGUAACAGUUUGCAGCCUAAUGGGAAUGCAGACAGAAUGAAUCUGGAUGGCCAUGGGCUAAUUCACAGGUGGUUUAUUAGGAUUCUGAGUGUACAGGCCGUUCCUGUCGCCCAUGCCAACUGCCUAGCUCAUUAUCAGAGCUGAUAGAGCAUGGGAAAGCCUGUCCAACAGUCAAUUUUCCCUUUCUUACACACACACACAAAAAAGUCACUAACACCACAACCUGAGGAGAGCUGGAAUGGUCACUGUAUAGUGUACAGCCUUCUCGUCCAGCACAGUAAGUUAUUUACUUCAGUCCUAAAGACAGAUCAGCGUUUUUAUGUGAACGUGUCAUUUUCUUUUGGCCUUCUUCCUCUAUCUGAUAGAUUUUAUUUACCUUUUACAAAUGUUAUGAAAUGUCUUUAAAGAUAGCCCCUCCCAAGCCCCUUGUACCACCUGCUAGAAUGCAGAGGAGGCCUCAGUGUCUGGCUGGCACCAGCAAGAUCUCCAUUUCAGCAUGAACACAUUGGCGUCAUGAGAGGAAGUCUACCAUCUAAGAAAUAAGGUCAUUGCUGGCCACCUCAGAGCAUUCUUAAUGACUCAAAACCCUGAAUUAUAGCAGACAGAAAAACAUCAAAGAAUAGCUUUCACAUCAUUUAUGUCCUAAUGUUGAUCACUCCUCACUGAAGCUCACAAGUAUUAACAGACGUAGACUGGAGUUGCAUUUUUAACUCCAGCGGGACUACAGGGUACGUACGGACAAUGACCAAGAUAUCCAAAGCUGCUGUAUACUACAUGGUUUUGUUCCAUAUGGAAGUCAUUUAAAUCAAAUUGAUAUUUAGUACUUGACAUGUACUUUUCAUGUUUUUUGGAUUUCUGGAAGACAAUGACACUUUACAGUUAACGCCUAGUUACUUGCAUGCCAUGGUUGUUACGGGAGCAGGCUAUGACCCUAUUGUGAUAUUAAAUAUUUAUUUCAAAUGCCAUGCAUACAUAGUCAGCUGAAUUUGAUGAGGAUUGAAUGUGCCAUGUAACAGAAAUGAUCAUGCGAUAUGUACUUGCAUCUUAUAAAAGACUGUUAGGUUGCACCUGACUAUUGUCACUAUUUUGAUAAUCAGGCAUUUAUGAAUAUAGUCUAUAUUCCUUAUGUCAGCAUGAUAAUUUUACUAUUUUCCAUGCACUAAAAUAAGACAAAUUUGUAGAGUAGUUUUAGUAAUUUUCUCUACAGCUUGUGGGGGCUUGCGCGAGCAGGGGGGGGGGAGGGCUGGUGGCUGUUACUUCCCUAAGACAUUUUCUCUAACAACAACAACAACAAAUCAGUAAGCUGUUUGUAAAGGUCUCCUAAAAGCAAGUAAUUUUAUUAGAUUUUUUUGGACACUUUAAAUGUUGGUUUUUCUCAUGUAAUAAUAAAUUGACAAAAGUGGUGACUACAAAGGUAUAAUCUUUUUAAAAUAAAGCAAUUCCCUAAUUUG